AUGGAAACCCCAACUACACCAAACUCAAAAGAAAAUUCCAGAAAUUACACGUGUCAAGUAACGUCUCCUGAUAUCACAUAUAAUGAUAUACCAUCAUCGCCUCCCAUGAGUGUGUUAAAUCAACUUAUUAAACACCAACAAGCACGUUCAACAAAACUUAUGAAACCUUUUUCAUCAUCUUCAUCUCCACCUAAUAGUGAAACUGAUGAUUUACUGCCAUUGAGAACCAAUAAAAACAGAGGAAAACAUUAUCAUCAUCCCGUGGAAUCCCUGAGGAGUCAAAAUUUCAAUCUUCGAAAUAAACACGAUAAAAUCCGUCAAGUGAGGAAUCAACAUCGUCAUGAUAAAUUAAUGAUAAAUCGAGAGAAAAUAAAUGAUCAACAAUCUAAACGAGAUAUUAAUGAUCAAUACGAAAAAGAGUACGAAAGUAUAACUGAAGGUUUGGAUAUUGAUAGGCUAAUUGAAGAUGAACAAAACAAUACUGAAAUUCAGGGGUGGUUAGAGCAUUAUGAAGAAGAGGCUGAAGAACGUGAAUGGGAGGAAGAUGCUGAUUUGAUUGAUAUGAUACAGAGUUUAGAAUUAGAGGAUAAAGCAAUGAAUUGA